UCCCCAGAUUCCCGAUCAUCAUGAGACGGACUCGGCUUGUUUAUUUCCUCGACCCGUCGAUCGGCUUCGUUUUUAAAUUUUUUUGGCCUUCGAUUUGCGUUUGUGUUCUCCCCGUUUUGGCCUCCGGAGGCCGCUAUAUAUAGCCUCCAUUGCUCCACACAGACACACACGCCUCACACUCUCUCAUCGGAUCAGCCACAGGCACACAACAGGGUCACAGUAGCACUAGCUUCAGCUAGCUCCGGGCAUUUUCUUGCUUCCACCACGGCAAUGGCCACCGCUGAUGUCCAGAACCCGACGGCCGCGCUGACGGAGGAGGCGCCGGCGGUGGAGACGCCCGUGGCCGCCGAGGAGGCCGCGAAGACGGAGGAGGUCCCCGCGCCGGCGGAGGCCGAGGUCGAGGCGCCUGCCCCCGUCGAGGUCGAGGCGGCCAAGGAGGAGGCGCCGGCCGCCGCCGUGACGGAGGAGGCCAAGGAGCCCGAGCCGGCAGCUGCGGCCGAGCCGGUGGCCGAGGCGCCAGCCGUGGUCGAGACGGAGACCAAGGAGGCCGUGGCAGAGGCCGAGCCGGCGGCGGCGGCCGAGGAGGUGAAGGAGGAGGAGGCGGCACCCGCUGCCGCCGAGCCGGAGGUGGCGGCCGUCGCCGAGGAAGCGCCGGCUGCAGCGGAGGAGGCGCCCGCGGCCGCGGCAGAGGAGGCCACCGUGAGCGUGUGAGGCGCGCGUCCACGGCGGCGGCGGCCGUGUGCUCCUACGUGGCACGGCGCGAUGCUCAGUCAGCCAGUGGAGUGGAGUGGGGUGCUACCUUUUUACUACGAGUACGUACUAGGUGUGGGGUGCUUUGCGCGGGGUCGCGCGGUGACGUGGGCUAAAUAAAAGUGUUGUCGUGUCGAGGCCCAGUGCCCAGUCAGCAGCCAGCGAGCGACGCGGUGCCACUCUCGCCGGCCACCGUGCCUGCGUCUGCUCAGCUGGAGCUUGUUGUUGUGGUGUGUGUGUGUCGCAGUGUCAGUUCCACCUAUGAUCGGUAUCCUAUCCGGUUCGUGUUUA